AUGACUUCAAUCCAAAUCCUCGACGGAGGGCUCGGAACCUCCCUCCAAGACCAACACGGCGUCACCUUCGACUCCUCCACCCCCCUCUGGGCAUCCCACCUCCUCGUCUCCGACCCCACCACUCUCCUCGCCUGCCAGCGCGACUUCGUAACAGCAGGCAGCGACGUCCUCCUAACAGCCACCUACCAAGUCUCCAUCGAAGGCUUCGCCCGCACAAAGACCCCUGAGUUCCCUGAUGGCAUCCCCCGCCCGGCUAUCGGAAAAUAUCUCCGAACCGCACUGGCCGUCGCCGAGCAAGCGCGGGUGUGCCCAUCCACCGCGAAAAUCGCACUCAGUCUGGGCCCGUACGGCGCGUGCAUGAUCCCGGGGCAGGAAUACAGCGGGAACUACGACGCGGAGCAUGAUAGUGAGGAAACGCUGUUCCAAUGGCAUUUGGAGAGACUACGGUUAUUCCUUGAGGCGGAUGAGAAGUUGGCGGACAGAGUGCAGUAUGUGGCGUUUGAGACGCUGCCGCGGCUGGAUGAGAUUCGUGCGGUGAGGAGGGCCAUUCGCGCGGCGGGCUUGGAUGUUCCGUUCUGGGUGGCGUGUGUGUUCCCCGGGGAGGAGGCGACGUUGCCCGAUGGCAGUUCGAUCGGACAGGUUGUGCAGGCUGCACUUGCGGAGAUGGACGGUGCGGCGGUGCCGUGGGGGCUGGGCAUCAACUGCACCAAGAUCUAUAAGCUGGAUGGACUGGUUCGCGAGUUUGGCGAGGAGGUAGCGAGUGCUGUUGGCAAAGGUCAAGUAGGUGCUGUUCCGAGUUUGGUGCUGUAUCCAGAUGGCACCAAUGGAGAGGUUUACAACACGACCACGCAGACGUGGGAGAAGCCGGAAGGUUAUACAAGUGAUGAAAGGGGUCCGUGGGAAUCCCAGCUGGCGCAGGUUGUCACAAUUGCUCGCGCAAAGGGUCCCUUUACUUCGUUCCUGGUUGGAGGCUGCUGCAAAGCCUCGCACAACGACAUUCGAAAACUGGCAGAGCAGCUCAGAAGCGAGUGA